GCUCUUCCUUUCAUCUUCCUCAUGGCAGACGUUUCUAUUUAUCCACUGGCAAUCAAUGUGUGGCGUCACCGGUGGUACUGUAAUGACGACUGCACCAUUGAGGAUGACAGCUUAGAAAGAAGAGGGCAAUGGUGAUCCCUCCCAGAGCAGCACAGCAGAGUGUAGCGCUCGCAUCACAAGGUCACCCUAUCUCACCGCUUGCUCCUCUGCAUUCCACAAUGGAAACUAGAAAGGAGAUGGUGAUGUUUCUGGAGGGGACACAACUUGGCGCUCUAGUUGGCAAGAGGGUGCCUAAUUUGUCCGAAGCAGUGGGGAGCCCCGCUCCGGAGCCACAGGAGAAGAUGAUCCAUCGGAACUGCCUCAGCCCCCGACCUGGCCCCUUGUCGUCCCGGGAGAGAGGAGGGGGAGGAGGUGGCGGAGGAGAAGACGAAGAGGAGGUGGAGGUGCUGCCAGGGACAGGGACGGUGCCGGAGAGCCGCUCGGCAGCGGCAGCGCUGCUUUCGGCCGGACAGCAGCCCCCAGCCCCAGAGGCCCCCUCCGCCAAAGGGCACCAGAGCAGCUCGGACACAGAGUCGGAUUUCUAUGAGGAAAUCGAGGUGAGCUGCACCCCGGACUGCGCCACGGGAAGCACCGAGUACCAGCACAGCAAAGGGACGUGCUCCGAGGCGCUGGCCGGCAGCCCCAGCAGCGGGGGGGAUCACCCGAAGGGCAGCGGAGGCAGCGGCGGCUCCCAGGGCUCGCUGGCCUGCAGCGCCAGCGACCAGAUGCGCCGCUAUCGCACAGCCUUCACCCGCGAGCAGAUCGCCAGGCUGGAGAAGGAGUUUUACCGGGAGAACUACGUGUCCAGGCCCCGGAGAUGUGAACUGGCGGCUGCUCUAAAUCUGCCAGAAACCACCAUCAAGGUUUGGUUCCAGAACCGCCGGAUGAAGGACAAGCGUCAGCGCCUGGCCAUGACCUGGCCUCACCCGGCAGACCCGGCGUUUUAUACCUACAUGAUGAGCCACGCAGCGGCCACCGGCAAUUUACCCUACCCAUUCCCAUCCCACCUGCCCCUGCCCUACUACUCCCCCAUGGGCAUCGGUGCCACAUCGGCCUCCGCCGCUACCCCGUUCAGUACCCCCCUGAGGCCGCUGGACACCUUCCGGGUCCUGUCCCACCCCUACCCGAGACCAGAACUGCUGUGCGCCUUCAGACAUCCCUCUCUCUACCCUGCCCCAAGCCAUGGACUCAGCAGCGCCGGGGGCAACCCCUGCUCCUGCCUGGCUUGCCACAGCGGCCAGUCUAACGGGCUGUCUCAGAGACCCUCCGGAUCAGACUUUACCUGUUCGGCCACAACCAGGACUGACUCUUUCCUCACUUUCACGCCCUCUGUGCUGAGCAAAGCCACCUCAGUUUCCAUGGACCAGCGAGAAGAAGUACCUUUAACGAGAUAA